GUAAAACUCCGGGAGAUAUUGGGCUAUGGCAGUUUUGCGGAGGAUGUCCGGUCCUUCCAGAUGCCCUUGGGCGAGGGCUCUUUGUCGUCUGCUUCUUACGGAGAUGUGGAUGUAAAACGUGACAAGCUGGCCGGAGUCAACGUGGUCAUCUACCGGCCGCUGCCUGCGAGACAGAAAGCUCCGGCCACCAUCUACUUCCACGGCGGAGGUUUCGUUUUCGGAUCUGGUGGAAUUUUUGACAAGCAUUGUUACGAAUAUGCUAAAAGCAGUGGUACCGUGGUCUUCUAUGUUGAUUACCGCCUGGCCCCGGACCAUCCCUUCCCGGCGGCCAUCCAUGACUGCUUGGAUGUCACUCGCUACGUGCUGGGUCAUGGUGACCGCUUCGGUGUUGACGUGCGAAAAGUGGGAGUGGCCGGUGACAGUGCGGGAGGAAAUCUUGCUGCGGCGGUGUCCCUCAAACUGUCCAAGGAGAAGUCCGAUCUCCCCCCUCUGAUAUUUCAAGUGUUGCACGUACCAGCACUGCAAGCAUUCAACAUGAGACUUCCUUCCUUCAUUGACAACGAUCUGCCUGUCCUGAGGGCAUUCUCUAUGAGUAUUUUUUAUGCUCUGUAUUUGGGCUUUGGUGAGUUCAUUUUGGAAAUACACACACAGACAUAUUGUUGGCCAGUUGUUCAGACAUAAAAUCUAAGCCCAAAAUUUUGAAUAAAGAUAAAAGAAAAAUUGCACUUUGAUAAACUGUGCUAGAGAAGUAUGUGUGGCUUCAUGGUUGUAGAAUCUUUGCUCACCUUGUAGAAGCAGAUUCUUUUGAUGAAGCUGGAUAAUGAAGAUAGGGGGCCCCCUUCUGGAUGAUGAUGUUUCUGCUUUUUUCGCGAUCUAGAUACACAAAAGGCCUGAAUGGCCACAGUUCUACCACCCACUCGACCUACUCGGUCCCUUGUUGAUGACACCAGUGAGUGCACGGGUCUUUCAAGUCUUGUGAAUCUUUUCAGGUCCGUGCGGGGUCAGAUUUUCGCUAGUACAGACUUGCCGGUGUCAUCUUAUUCUUUUACACCACAGUUGUGAAAUCAGUCAAUUGUCAAAAAAUGAAAUAGAAGAAAUCAACAUUUUUCCGGUUGUUGGGCAUUUUUUAUAGAAUUUUUUUAUGGCUCGAUACCGUUUACGUUAAUUUGAAAACACAUUUCUGUAUGUAUUACAGAAAAAUGUUGAUUAAAGGCACAAAAAACUUUAUGUUAAUUUGCAUUUUUCAAGGACGCUCAUGCUUUGGAUGUCAACAAAUUUUGGCAUCCAUUUGCGUGCUAAUUUUUCCUCUUGUGAAAAAAAUUUGCUCUGUGGGCUUAAGGGGUCUUAAAAUUGCUACUGACAAAAGCUAUUUUUGUUUUUAAUACAUCUUUUCAAACUAAACUUUCUCAUAAUAUGCAGUAACCUCCAGGAAAUAAUUCAAAAAGAAAAAAAAUAUUUCAACCCCAAUAUGUUAUGUAAUACCGGCGGCUGUAUU